UCAAAAGCCACGCGUCAUGUGUCCAACUUCAUCUCAGUCUAUGCCCUUAGAUAAGCAGCCCAAAAGACAACAGGUCUCAAAGGACUCCAAGCCAUCAUCUUCUAUUCAUUCAGCAUCUUAUAUCCCCUCAUCUCCAAAAGCAUACAAAAAGAACAAUGGACGUACGAACUCCAUGAUACCAAUCCCUCACAGGAACCCUUUAACGGCCACAAAAUCUAUUUAAGUCUUAUGCGUCACAUGCCCUUAUUUCUUUUUUCCUAUUUGUAUAAAUAAAUAAAAGAAUGGAUGUCAUCAAGGCAAUACAGCAUUAUGCUAAUAAAAUGAUUGAAGAUGUACCUGGAAUGAAGGCACUCUUACUUGAUACUGAGACAACACCCAUCAUUUCACUUGUAACAACCCAAUCAGCUCUAUUGACAAAGGAAUGCUACUUGAUUGAUAGAAUUGAUAAUAGAAAUAGAGACAGACUCAAACAUUUGAAAUGUAUCUGUUUUCUAAGACCAACCAGAGAAGCGUUACAUUACCUCGUUGCCGAACUACGAGAACCCGCCUAUGGUGAUUACUAUUUAUACUUUAGCAAUACGAUACGAAAAGCAGAUAUUGAACAACUUGCCGAAGUGGACGAACAUGAAGUGAUUAGAGAGGUACAAGAGUAUUUUGGUGACUACCUUGCCAUCAAUCCGGAUCUAUUUUCGCUCGGACAAGAUCCUCAUCAGCUAUUUGGUAAUAGUGUCACCAGUUGGCAACCAGACGUACUCAAUCAGACCGUUGCUCAGCUUUCUGCUGUUCUUCUCAGUUUGAAAAAGAGACCUCUGAUACGAUAUCAGGGAGCAAGUGAAAUGGCCAAGACGUUGGCAGAGGAAUUACAACGUACGAUACAACAAGAGGGUCAACUGUUUGAUUUCAGAAGACCUGAUACACCGCCUAUCAUGCUCAUUUUGGACAGAAGAAAUGAUCCUGUCACGCCAUUAUUGACCCAGUGGACAUACCAAGCCAUGGUACAUGAAUUGAUUGGUAUCCAUCAUGGUAGAGUAGACAUGUCGAAUGUGCCUGAAGUAAAGAAUGAGUUGAAGGAAAUUGUAUUAUCCCCAGAUCAGGAUCCAUUUUUCAAAAAGUCAAUGUAUUUCAACUUGGGUGAUUUAGGUGCUACGAUCAAGCAGUAUGUUGACGAAUAUCAAACCAAGACAAAAUCCAAUAUGAAUAUUGAGACGAUUGCGGAUAUGAAGCGUUUUGUUGAAGAAUAUCCAGAAUUUAGAAAGCUUUCGAGUAACGUGUCGAAACAUGUCGCCUUGGUCAGUGAAUUGAGCAGACGAGUCUCUCAAGAUCAUUUACUGGAAGUGAGUGAGACAGAACAAAGCAUUGCAUGUAAUGGAAACCAUGGAAGUGAUUUGGAUAGUGUACAAAAGUUAUUGUCAGAUCCUCGUGUACCCGAGGAAGCCAAAGUACGUCUGGCUCUGUUGUAUGUCUUGAGAUAUGAGACGACGGGUGCUAAUAGGAUUACGGCCAUGGCCGAUCUAUUGGACAGUGUCGGUGUGAGUGAUAGAAAAAGCGCUCUCAUUCCUGCCUUACUACACUAUGCCGGAGAAAAACGAAGGCAGGGUGAUUUGUUUAGUAAUCAAUCCUUGUUAUCAAGGGGUAAAAGUGCCUUAAAGGGAUUAAAAGGGGUUGAAAACGUGUAUACACAACAUACACCUUUCUUGGCAGACAUAUUGGAUUUACUGAUCAAGGCACGACUUAAAGAGAAUGAAUAUCCGUUCAUUCAAGGCAACCUACAAGUGGCUCGUGAAAGACCUCAGGACAUAAUUGUGUUUAUAUGUGGAGGCGCAACCUAUGAGGAAGCACGAUAUAUAGCUCAAUUAAAUGAUUCAGCGCCUGGUGUCAGAAUUGUAUUAGGAGGCAACUAUAUACAUAACUCAAGAAGCUUUUUAGAACAAGUGGAACAGGCAAAUCGAUUCAUUUAUUAAAUAAAAACUUGUUUAAGGUGAACAAAAGGGGGACGAGCUGAAUUUUUUUUUCCUUUUCUUUUUUUU